UUGGAAUUCCUGUCUUGAAACUCGCAAGCUUGAGUUGCAAUUAUGAAGAUCUCCUGGUUGAAACGCAAAAUUCUGGUAUUCUUGCUCACCUUCCUGGUCGGUUGGUUCUUGGGCUAUAGCCUCUCACAGAUAACGCUGCAAUCCUGUUGGCCAUCAGUCGAUCCAGAUAUGAAGAGUGGCUCAAGUGCUCAAGCGAGUCAUGGGAAUGGCAACAACAAUCCAGGCGAUGAGGACCUACCGCUAGCCACCAAGUUGUAUAAGGAGACGAGAGUGCUGUGCAUCGUCCUGACGAGUCCGGAAAGGCAUCAGAGCCGUGCAUUGCACGUGAAACGGACGUGGGGCGCGCGAUGCAACAAAUUGUUAUUCAUGAGCACCGCAGAGGACGAGAUCCUUCCCACUGUGGUGCUAGACAUGCCGGACGGACAUUCAAACUCAUGGAGCCAGACGCGCGAGAGUUUGCGACAUGUUUACGACAAUUACUUUGGGGAGUUCGACUGGUUUCUCAAGGCGGAUGAUGACACAUAUGUGGUUAUGGAAAAUUUGCGUGCUUUUCUCUAUGCCUACACACCAAGCAAGCCCAUUUAUUUUGGUACUAUACUCAACUGGAAAGAUUCAAAUAAUCUUAUUUUAGGCGGCUCUGGCUACGUGUUGAGCAAGUCGGCUCUUGUGCGUUUCGCCACUCAAGCCUAUUUUAAUGACAGUAUCUGUAAAAUAGAUAUCAGCGGCUUUGAGAACAUCGAAAUGGGUCACUGUUUGAAUAAUGUUGGUGUAAUGCCUGGCGAUUCUCAUGAUGAACGCGGCAUAGAGCUCUUCUCCCCCAUGCCAGCCUCAUUUAAUGAAGCCAAUAAGUUUUCAAAUGAGUCCGGCCAUACUGCACCGAGUAAAACGUGCUGCUCCGAAUCUGCAAUAUCAUUUCAUUAUGUCGAACCCAUUUAUUUUUAUAUACUGGACUUUUUUCUAUAUAAGCUACAUCUAUUUGGUUCCCCACCAAUACAGGAGAGCUUGCCGGAAAAGAAAGGAAUCGGAGAUUUAGUAAAGAGCUGGGGAGACUGGUCUGAGGAUUUAAAAACAAAUUAAUACGUAUAAACUUACAUACUAUAAAUAUAGUGUAACACUAUAUGAACCUUAUAUUGGUUUUUAAUAAUACAAUACAAAUAAAAUUAAUAGAAAAUAUAUAUGAAA